GAGAACUAAAUAUGAAGGCUGUCUUAAGAAAGCUGGCACUGAAGAAGUUUACUGGAAUGCUGCAGAGAGGGCGAGAGUGGUACUGAGGAGAGAAAAGGAGAAAAACCAAACCACCCCAAACAACAAACCUAGGUUUUCCAUCUUCCACGAAGUGUACUAUGUUCUGGCAUUCUUUCUCGGAGCCACCAGAAGCAUUCCUGUCAGCAAAGGUAGAGUUGGUGGUGAGAAGCCACCGGGGAGUACCGAUUAAUUGAUUUUUUUUUUUUUCCUUUGUGGAGAGGCCUGGAAAGGCCCUGAGAGCCCCAAAGAUGAGUGCCAACAGCAGCACACUGGGCCAGCUCCUCUGGCGGGGCCCCGUGUGCAGUAGCUGGAAGCCGGAUAUGGAAGGUUCUGUCUACCACCUGGCCAACUGCUUCUUGCUCAUGGGAUUUAUGGCAGGCAGUGGAGUGUACGGAUGCUUCUAUCUUUUUGGGAUCCUGGGCCCAGGCUACCUCUGCUAUGUGCUGUGGGGCUGGUUUGAUGCCUGUGGACUAGACAUUGUCCUUUGGAACUUCCUGCUGACCGUGGCUUGCCUGCUUCAGCUGGCACAUCUGGUAUACCGCCUUCGGGUGAAUACCCUCCCUGAGGAGUUCAAUCUCCUCUACAAGACGCUGUGCCUGCCCCUGCAGGUGCCCCUGCAGGUCUACAAGGAAAUUGUUCACUGCUGCCAAGAGCAGGUCUUCACACUAGCUACGGAGCAGACCUAUGCUGUGGAGGGGGAGACACCCAUCAACCGCUUGUCCCUGCUCCUCUCUGGCCGGGUUCGAGUGAGCCAGGAUGGGCAGUUUCUGCACUACAUCUUUCCCUACCAGUUCAUGGACUCUCCUGAGUGGGAAUCGCUGCAGCCUUCUGAGGAGGGCACCUUCCAGGUCACGCUGACUGCUGAGACCGAAUGCAGCUACAUUUCCUGGCCCCGGAAAAACCUCCACCUUCUUCUGAGCAGAGAGCGAUACAUCUCCCGCCUCUUCUCAGCCCUGCUGGGCUAUGACAUCUCUGAGAAGCUCUACACUCUCAAUGACAAACUGUUCGCUAAGUUUGGGCUGCGCUUCGACAUCCGUCUCCCCAGCCUCUACCACGUGCUGGGGUCUUCAGCCUCAGAUGGGGGACCCGAGUCUGAAAAGGAUGAUGAAGAAGCCUUUGAGGCAGCUGUGUCCUCUGCCCAGGCCAGGCCCAUCUGUAUCUUGCCAACACCCCGUUAUUCCCCACCUCCAGCCACCACCAACUUCCCUGCGCCUCUGCCCCGGGCCCGGAUGUCCAGGCCUGACAGUGGCACCCUGGGUGAGGACUCAACCAGUCUGGUGCUGGAGGAUUUUGAGGAGGUUUCGGGAUCAGAGUCGUUUAUGGAUUAUAGGAGUGAUGGGGAGUACAUGAGGUGAGGGCGGAACUAACACGGGCACAGCCACCAGCUAAGGAUCCUGUCUUCCAGACCUCCUCUCCAGAACUCUUCUCAGGUUAUGUCCAAAGCACAGGCCCCUUUGGCUCCAACCCACACCCCUGAGCUUUGAGGAUUACAGAGCCAUUGUCUGUAUGGCUAGACAGCUCUCUUCCAUGUUCCCUGGAUGGCCACUUGGACUCACACCCCUCCUCUCAACCAUCAGAAAGAUCUGGGGAAAGAUGGGGGAUGGGCAUGCCAUGCCAGCACCCCAACGACCCCAAGGGUGACACAGAGAAACGUACCUUCAUGAACCUCCCUCAGAGGAGGAGGGUCCAGAGGCAUCAGGCCCGACUCCAUCUUUUAUGGAUUGUGGGACCUUGGCUGGUUAUGUAGCCUCUGAGCCUGGUCUGUCAAGUGGAGCUAUGAACUCACCUCACUGGGCUGUUGUGAGGAUUCAAUGAGCUGACUGGGUAGAGCACCCAUGACGUGGCAUGACCUCCAACAUCCAUUCACUAGAUCACGCCUCGCCUCUCCUGAUGUUGUCGCUUUCAAUUGUCUGAAAGGAUCCAAUGACUUUUCUCCGUGAUUACUUUUUUGUUCCCAAAUAAGUUUCUAUUGAAAAAGAAAAUUGUAAAUCCUAAUAUUUUCUUCAAUUUUAAGUUUAAAAUACAAUCAUGUCCUGUU